GGUGGUCUCCGGACGCACGCAGUGAAACGUUACUGUCGGCCAACAGAUUUUCUGCUGACAAACCCGGAAGUUGUUCGUCUGUCUCCUUCUGACUGGAAGUGCUUCUCCGGUUCUUAUAACCCCACCGUUUGUUGGAUAAAGGUGUGAGCAGUGGUACGCUGUGCACAUGCACGUGUGGCCCGAGGGCGCUCUGGGGUGAUGUUUGGUGCGUACCAGUAUCGGAAGGAGUUGGAGGACGAUCUCUAUGGGGAAGAUGAAGGGGACUCUGAUGGGUCUGAGCCCAACAGCGAGCUGGAGUUCCACCUCUACAGCCAGCUCCACUACUCUUCAAACGCCGGGGCGCUGGGGGAGCAGGAGGACGGGGUGGAGACGGAGGGCCAGGAUAGCCAGCAGCAUAAGUCACCUGAGAACACUGUAGACGUGGACGGAGAACAGGAUUGUAGGCCCCCGUCACCCGAUUUGAAUAAUUUACUGGAGUACCUGCGAAAAAAGAAGAAAACGCAAGACAAACUCAAUAAACAGAAGACUGGGAACGCCAAAGGUCCAAAGUCAUUUUCAUCAUUUAUCGAAGAGGUCAUCGUGAUCGACUCCAGCCCCGACGUCAUCUCCAUCUCAGAGAAUGGCGAUGAUGAUGAUGACGACGAUGAAGGGGUCUGCGCCUUGAAGGGGCAACGCUUACGCCGGCUGCAGACUUCCACCCCGGCCCAACAGGGCCGCCACAAAAGGAGCCUCAGUUUGCCGGUGACCGUGGACUCCAGCACCUCAGUGUCCAGCUCAGACGCUUCGCAGUCGGACUCUUCGGACUCGUCCGAUUCAGAUGACCUGGAGAACUGGAUGAUCCUGGGUCAAGGACGGCAGGACGGGGACCAGAGCAUCUCGCUCAACCUGGAGGGAGGGUCCGACGGCAACCACGAUGCUGGAGAAAAUGAAAGUGACUGGUUGGUUUCUGCCAAGGACAAAGAGGCCCAGAUCUACAACAGAGGCGUCAGGGUGACGACGCUGCGGGUGGCGAAGCGAUACUACACCGACAAGAACGUCCAGUGUAGAAACUGCAACAAGAACGGACAUCUCUCCACCAACUGCCCUCAGCCCAAAAAGUUGCCGCCCUGCUUCCUUUGUGGCAAUCCAGGCCACGGGCCCAGUGGAUGUCCCAACAAGCACUGCAACAACUGCGGCCUGCCAGGACACCUCUACAAUUCGUGCAGUGAAAGAGCGCACUGGAACAAACGGUGCGAGCGCUGCGGCAUGAAGGGGCACCUCUUCGACGCCUGUCCAGAGAUCUGGAGGCAGUAUCACAUCACGACCAAGGUGGGUACUCCUACGAGCCUGCGGCACGACAAGCGGGGAGGGAGGCAGCCGGCCUACUGCUACAACUGCUCCAUGAAAGGACACUUUGGACACGCGUGUGGAAGCCAGAAGAUGUACAACUGGACGUAUCACAGCAGCACUUUCAUCAGCCACUACGACACGAAGAAGGACAUCAAGCGCCGAGAGCAGUCAGUGUUGUCGAAGGCCAAAGAACUAAAGAAAAACGGCUUUAUCACAAACAGCCUUCAGAUCCAUUUCAGUCCGGGACCGCCAAAUAAGAAACGCAAAGUUGACCCUUACAACCACCAGAGCCCCAACAGCCACAAACCCAACCACAUCUUUUUUAAGGAAAGCAACGUCUUCACAGCGCCCAAAACCAAGAAGAACAAUAAGCACAAGACCCUAGAGAGCAACGCGAAACCGUGGAAACCCAAGAGACCGGUUCCCGCCUCCAAAGCCAGCGUCCCGCCGGCCAAAGUCAUCGUGGAUGAAGCAAAGGACUUUCCCCGAGGUGGAGGGAAGGGAGGAGCUUUGAAGGAGAAGAAGAAGAAGAUGAUGGCGAGGAGCACGCAGCGAGCUCACAUAAAGGGUAACCCGGACCGCCUCAGUUGGACCGUCACUGCCGAGAUGCAGGGGGCGGGGUCCAAGCCGCAGAAGAAGAAGAAGGGAAACAAGAAUCAAAAGCAGAAGAAGGCCGAGAAAAAGGCGGCCGCGGAGGAGAUGUACCCGAAGGAUGAGAACCUGUUCCUCAUCAAACAGAGGAAACGCAGAAAAUAGAGACCACACACACACACACACACACACACACACAUUCGCUGGUUCAUGCUGGUUUUGGGCUUGUUGCAGACACUUUGCCGACCCUUAGUUGGAGAUGCCAGUGCUGCUUGGAAGAGUUCAUCCGACCUUUUUUGUCUUUGUUUUUUUUAACUGAAGACGUUUCGACGGCGCAGUAGGAAAAGCACAGAUGUCAAUAAUGAGAGUAAUGAAGGCUGAAUGUUGCCCGUCAUGACUCAGUGUCACACUGUUGGGGGUCUUAGUGGGACGCCUGAAGAGAGUCCGUGUGAACAGUGCACAAAGUGUCACUACGGUUUGGGAAAUGGUCAUAAAAAAAACAUCUAUUGGUUUUCUGUACAGCGACUCAAUUAUUUAUUCCUGUCGCUCUGAAUUUAUUGGUAUUAAGUUAAACAUAGAAGUUUGGUUUAGGUAACAAAACCACUCAGUGACGCUGAGGAGGAAAUAUCAUAUUUGGGCUUAAAAUAACCGCAAACUGUUCAUGGGUUUAUGCAACCAAAGUACUGGCUAAAAGUGGAUAAAUGGAGUACUUCGCUUGUGUUGCCUGUUAUAAUAAUAAUUUAUCCCUUUACACAAAGUCACAAAUGUGCUUUCAUGACUAUUCCCAAACUGCCAUGAUUACUGAGCUGGAACAUUGGGGUCAUUCCUCCUGUGCAUACUGGUCCCAUAUGAAGAUCCCCUCCUCAGGCGCUCUGUGUGAGGGACGGUAACAUAAUCCACUGCUACUAAAUGUCUUUCUGAGGGUCCCUGAAACUACAGUGAGAGUUGGACGAAUCAAGUUAAUUCCUAGAUUUGUUGAACUACUCUGGAAGCCCUUUACAAAGAUGUCCAGUACCAAUGGAAGGAGUUACAGAACAUAUGUGAAGCUUUCCUUUCAAUUUUAUUAUUUCCACUUGUGAUUUUACUACUAUGAGGAGUCCAAUUUCUGCUGAGGAAAAAAAAGGCUGUUUUUAUUCAGUCCAGUAGUUAUUUAAGUCAUUUCCAAAGUGUUAAUGGGGGGCGGUGAACAAGUUGCCUAAACCUUUCCGUUAUCGGUAGAUGGUUUAAUAAGAAAUAGUUCAGAUGAUCGAUUGAUGUCCAUAUUAUAUUCUCCAAUAUAGUUGUUCACAUAAUUCUUAUAAUUUUAAAUUACAAACCAACUGUUUGAAGUAUAAUUAGAUCACUUCCUAGUACCUCUGCAUCCCCAAAAUGUUUUU